UUACCAUACCGCGUACGCUGGCAAGACCUCAAAGACCUUUUCCGCCGCGCAGGCACAGUUCUGCGCGCGGAUGUCUCCCUUGGGCCCGACAACCGUUCGCGCGGGUACGGUACCGUGCUUCUUGCUACCGCAGAGGACGCGGGGCGUGCUGUCGACAUGUUCAACGGCUACACCUGGCAGACGCGCACGCUCGAGGUUCGCCCAGAUCGCAUGGGCGAGGAGCUCGGGAUGGCCGCCGCGGCCGCAGCCGUGCCGUUCGCUGGUGUCGGCGUCGGUAUCGGCGUUGGCGGCCUGGGCGCGAACCUGGGCGUAGGUGUACCUGGUACCAAUGGUGGACAGUCGAGUAGGAAUCUGUUCGUCGGGAACCUGCCGUUCCACAUCCAGUGGCAGGACUUGAAAGACCUGUUCCGCCAGGCGGGCGCAGUACAGCGUGCCGACGUUGCGCUCGGUGCUGACGGUCGAUCAAGAGGCUUCGGGACCGUGAGCUUCUCGAAUGAGACGGACGCCGAGCGCGCGGUGCGGAUGUUCAACGGGUACGAGUACAACGGCCGGCCGCUCAAGGUACACUUCGACAAG